GACUGGCUCAUCACAUCUGUAAUCUCCUGAUAGAGACUGUGGCUCUGUACUUGGAGGCAGAUGAUAAAAGCAGCACCAAGACAGCAAAUGCCCUGCUUCUGUCCUUGCUUGACAUUUUGCACUGCGUGCUGGUGUAUACAGCAAACAUUGUGCGCCAGGCUUUACAGGCACAGAAAUCUGGCGCAGGAGGGGACACACAGGCUGCUGAAGACCUUCUGCUUAUCAAUAAACCCCUGACGGACCUAAUUAGCCUGCUUAUUCAACUGCUUCCCAGUGAAGAUACUGAAAUAUUUGUGAGUGCCUCGCAGUGCUUAUCAUUGCUGGUUCAGCUGUAUGGAGGGAACAGUCAGGACAGUAUGUCUCCAGAAAACAUGGACAGCUUUGCUGAAGUACUGAGGUCCAAAAAAGAUACACGACAACUGAAGCUUUUGUUGAGAAUUGUAAAGAGACUGGUAGAGCACUCCCCUGGUAAAUGGGAGUUCACACUUCCCGUCUCUGACCUGGAGAGUCGGACAGCCUCUUGCCUCCGCCCGAGUCCCGAUGCCAUGGUGUUACUCAUUGUGCAGGAGACAUCCAAACCUCACUGCCUCUCCCCAGCCAGUGGAAACUGUGCCAUGGCAUCAAAAACUUGA